AUGUCUCUCUACACAGCCCCCCUUACUACGACCAAAGGGGAGGAGGCCAAGACCACACCCAAAAGACUCCUCCAGACUUUCCAAGAAGUACAGGCUUGGCAACGCGACAACGAGUACCUCAGAAACCAUUACCGGUCUACCACAGGUUCCUAUCGAGAAUGCCUGAAAAGCCUGUCAUACCUACACAACCAGACCGGCAACAUCUAUACGCAUCUCAUCGGCGCAGUAGUGAUACUCUCCUAUGGUAUCUACGCUUACAACAGCGUUAGUGCGCGAUACGUUACCGCUGAUAUCAACGAUCUCCUCGCGUUCGGUGUCUUCAUAGGAAGUGCGGUUGCUUGCUUCGGGAUCAGCGCUACGUUUCACAUGUUUGGGAACCACUCUAGCGCCGUUUACCAUACCUGGCUCCAACUCGAUCUUUACGGCAUAUUCAUCCUGAUUGUUGGAACUGUGUACUCUGGAACAUACUAUGGAUUUUACUGCGAGAGACAGUAUUGGAUGUUGUAUUCCGUCGGGAUUACCACUAUUGUCACGGGUGCCGCUACACUUUGUUCGAUACCGCGAUUUCGUACGCCAAAGUGGCGCUGGGCGAGAGCGACAUUGUUCUGUGCUAUCGGUUGGUCAGGCGCGGUUCCCAUGACGCAUGCUGCGCAGUCAUUUGGUAUUGAACAGGCUGAUAAGCAGAUGGGUUGGUGGUUGAUGAUCUGCGAGGGAUUGUGCUAUAUCACCGGUGCUUUCAUCUAUGCAAUCCGCUUCCCCGAGAGAUUUCGUCCCGGCCUCUUUGAUAUCUGGGGUUGCUCACAUCAAAUCUUCCAUCUUUGUGCUGUCGGGGGCGCGGCUUGGCACUUAGUGGCUCUUCUCAAGGCUUUCGACUAUAACCAUGAUCCGGUAACGAGAAGAUGUUGA